GGCCCCGCGCGGCGCCUGCGUGCUCUGUGACCUUUCCCAUUCUGUUGCAGAAUUUGGUGUUGCUUGUGGCCUUGGUUCUGCCGAGAUGCUUCAAACGUUAAUUAAGAAAGUCUGGGUCCCCAUGAAACCCUACUAUACCCAGGUUUACCAGGAAAUUUGGGUAGGAGUGGGGUUAAUGAGCCUCAUCGUUUAUAAAAUCAGGAGUGCUGAUAAGAGAAGUAAAGCUCUGAAAGGCUCCAGUCCUGCACCUGCCCAUGGCCAUCACUGACUGCUCCCUGAGUCCACUCAAGAUGAACACGUCAGCUGAACUGAAGCCAGCUGUGUUAGAUGGGAACACGGAACAUCGCUGUCCACACACCUAGUACUAUUUACAAUGUGGCAUUAAUAAAUGUGUCUGAGAAGCCCCACUCCCUGUGGCUACCACUCUCUGCUUCCCCUGAAUAAGUCCUUGGUAAUGCAGCAGGCUCUGUCAGAACCUCUGAGCCACCUUCAUUAGGAAGCCUGAAGAACGAGAAGCAGUGUUUGUUGCAUAAGAUAUUAACUUUGAUUCCAGUAUUCAAUAAUUGUUUGUCAAAAGGUUUUGCUUCUGCCUA